GAGAGGUCUUACAGUUACACUUUGCCCGUUUGUAGCAAAGCCGCGCACCGUUGCACGUGCACGAGUCUUUACCGGCUCACGUGUAUAACCGGAGUGCAUCGACAAGAGAUUUUCAUCGAGAGGAGAGCUGUGCUCCUCAGUCAGUGUAACAAUGUCUUUUCCUGUAUCGGUCGCUCCAACAUGUCCGAUAUCCAUGGGACCGAGCCUUGCCCAGGUCUGCUCGGGCUCGCAGUUUAUGACGUUCAUGACGAUUUUGGAAAUGCUCGUGCUGUCCCAGGAGAGAGUGUCGGAAACUUGCGAGCGUGUAAGGCCGAAAAACCCGCCUGAAUACUACUACGACUUCAUCGUCAUCGGCGGAGGGUCAGCCGGUGCCGUGGUGGCGUCUAGACUGAGCGACAUACACGAAUGGAAAGUUUUGCUGCUAGAAGCCGGCCCGGACGAACCACCGGGUGCCGAGGUUCCCAGUAUGGUGGCAAUGUUUCUGGGAACUGACAUUGACUGGCAGUAUCAAACCACGAACGAGAUGAACGCUUGUCUGUCAACCGGCGGAACCUGCAGUUGGCCGCGUGGUAAAAACCUAGGCGGGACGUCCGUCCACAACGGUAUGAUGUAUAACCGAGGCCACGCGAAAGAUUUUGACAAUUGGGCGGCCAGGGGUAAUCCCGGAUGGAGUUGGCGCGACGUCCUGCCGUACUUCAUGUGUUCCGAGAACAACACGGAGAUCCACCGAGUUGGUCGGAAGUAUCAUUCGACCGGUGGCCUGUUAACGGUCGAACGGUUUCCGUGGAAGCCUCCGAUCGCGGAUGACAUCCUCGCUGCGGCCGCCGAAAGAGGAUAUCCGAUUAGCGAGGACCUGAAUGGCGACCAAUUUACAGGAUUUAGUGUGGCUCAAACCACAAGUAAGAACGGUGUCCGAGUAAGUAGUGCCGCGGCGUACUUGCGACCGGUGCGGCAUCGGCGUAAUUUGCACGUCUCCCUAAACGCCACGGUCACGAAGAUUCUCAUCGAAAACAGCAAGGCCGUUGGAGUCCAAUUCUAUCAAGAUGGUGAACUUCGAGUUGCCCGCGCCACAAAGGAGGUAAUCGCCUCCGGUGGUGCCGUAAAUUCGCCUCAACUGUUGCUACUCUCCGGAAUCGGGCCGAAGGAACAUCUGCGGGCGAUGAACGUCACAGUCGUCAAGGAUCUUCCAGGUGUCGGGGAGAACCUGCAUAAUCACGUGUCGUACACUCUAUCGUGGACCAUCAAUCAGCCGAAUCUGUACGACCUGACCUGGGCGUCUGCCGCGGAAUAUAUCGCCUUCCAGAAAGGACCGAUGGCGUCGACUGGUUUAUCGCAAUUGACCGGUAUGCUACCAUCGAUCUACACGACUCCGGACCAUCCCGAUAUUCAGCUGUUCUUCGGUGGUUAUCAGGCGGCCUGCGCAACCACCGGUGAAGUGGGCGCGAUCAUGAACAAUAACGGUCGCAGUAUCAGCAUGUCGCCGACGAUGACGCAUCCGCGUAGCAAGGGGAAGCUGCGUCUCGCCAGUAACAACCCCCUCGAGGCACCGAUCAUCUGGGCCAACUAUCUGAGCGAUCCUAUGGACGUGACGAUCCUCGUCGAAGGUAUCGAGAUCGCGUUGUCGCUCGCCAAUACCAAUGCCAUGGCCAAGUACAAUAUGACUCUGAACCACAGACCGUUGCCCGCGUGCUCCCAGUAUCCCUAUCUGAGCAAGGAAUAUUGGGCCUGCGCCGUGCGCCAAGACACCGGUCCGGAGAAUCAUCAGGCGGGCUCCUGCAAGAUGGGUCCGCAUAACGAUCCCAUGGCCGUGGUCGACCAUCGAUUGAGGGUAUACGGCAUCAGGAAUCUCCGCGUGGCUGACGCGUCCAUUAUGCCACAGGUAACGUCCAGCAACACGGCAGCCCCGGCCAUGAUGAUCGGCGAAAAGGCGGCCGCGUACAUCAAGUCCGACUGGGGCGUUGCCGGUACACAAUGGUACGGGAAAGAACAUUGCCCCAUAUGGAAAAACAACCAUAUGGAUCCACACAACCAUAUGCAUCCACACCACCAUUGGAGGCACCAUUAGUCACCAGCAAUUUACCAUGUUUCCUAGUUCACGCACGACGAUCGACAGUACACUGGACCUGUUACUUUGGGGGAUCAAGUACAUCGACUGGGAUCAGGCUAUAUGGUAGCCGGGCUCCACAAUCUAUCUAGUCUCUUAUUGCAUCCAUCAAUGCGUUUUCCGCAGCCUAAGAAAGUCGGCAAGAACGCGACCAAGGGCAAGGACUCUCUGGAAGAUCCCUAAAGGCUGCGAUUUCCUUUCUCUUCGGUAUGACCGAGCGAUCGAGCCGGACUAACGCCUCGCUCGAGCGUUGCGUUAGAAAUUAAUGACGCAACGUGCAGUUAUUGUUACUAACGCAGUGAGUACGACUAAAGACAAAGUCGUCUCGCUGUACCGCCAUGUCUUAAUUUCCAGUUAAGAAUUUCCUAAGAUUGUGCGUCCCGCAGCGUCGUGACUGUCGAGACAUCUGUCAUCAAUCAGUUAGCCGCGACACAACGGACGUAAAUCUUCGUACAACUUACGAGUAUUGUUACUGUUAUUAUUAAUUUUUUAAACAAGUUCUACAAUUUCCUAUUGUUUUCUAGUUACUAUACGCACCAAGAGUUUAGAAUUACAGAACAGUUUAGGUGUACAUAUUACGUUAACAAUUUCUUUUUCAAUAUCGCGUUCGUAGUACCUUCUAAUAGCUGUGACAUAUAAUACCACUCAUGGAUGUUCUAUAUUGAAAUAAUAACCAAAGACAGAUUCUGGUACCUGGUACACCAACCGCCAAAAAACGUAGUAAUUAAUUGUUAAUAAAAAAAUUUGUUGAAAAUUAAAUGGAUUAUAAAUAUAAACAGCUCGGCCACUCUCAGAGACCCCGAGUGUAAAUCAAAAUACUGUAAAUAAAUAAGAUUGCAUAAUAA